AUGACUUCCUCUUCCGCUGCUAAGUCUCCCCUUCCGCCCCUCUCUGGUUUUUCGAUGUUCCUGAUUCGACUAACCUUCCUUCUCUCUCUAGGUUUGAUCGCAGCAAUUGCUGCUGAUCUUGCCCACAUACUAACAGCAGCGUCGAACUUUGGUGUGCCUGUCUCGGACGAGGAGCCGAUUCUGAAGGAGCACCCAAAGGGAGACAAAACCCCGAAGCGCAAGCAGGUGCACUUCGCUGAGGGGACCAAGCCCCCGAUACCGGACAAGCGUCCGGAGGUGGUGAGUCGGGUUGCUGAGCCGAAGGCAGCAAUGUCGGAAGCUCUCGAUCAGUCUCGCCGCCUGCUGAACUCCGGUCGCACCCUCCAUGCCCGGUUUCAAGCGUUCCGUCUCUCUGAGGCGAACAGGCGAGCUGAGCUGGAGAAAGCCGGUGGGAAGCCUCGGCAGUCUGGGGAUCUGGGAAGGGUGCGCUCGGUCACAUUCCGGGCCACUCGACCUGGGUCUCUAGAUCGUCGGUAA